AUGUUUCGCCUUGGAGGUUUGAGAGGCAGGUUGCUCGCGCGUUCUUUGUUCAAGCCUCCUACCCUCCAGCGACCCCCUUCGCCCAUGCGACAAUCCACUCAAUCGAACAUCCAACUGCUUGAUUCUAAUGAGAAAUUCGAGGAAGAAACGCAUCCAGGAUACAGGGAAGAAAGAGCAUACUCUGUGAAGAUUGGCGAAGUCUUCCAAUCUAGGUACCAAGUCAUCGGCAAGCUAGGGUUUGGUGGAUACUCGACGGCAUGGCUUUGCAAGGAUCUCACAAACCAUACAUAUCUCGCAUUGAAAGUGUUCGGACGAGACUCAGCUGAAGGUAAAAGAGAAAUGGCAGCCUAUGAUCGCAUGAGCGAGGUCAAAACCUCCCAUGCGGGCGCCUUGGUUGUUCGCACGGCGCUUGAUAGCUUUCAAAUCGAAGGCGCGAAAGGAAGUCAUCAGGUCAUCGUGCACCGGCCUCUCGGCGAGAGAUUAUAUGAUUUCAGACACCGAUUCACAGAUGGUCUACUACCUGAACAAGCAGUGAAACUGGUCAUAAUGUAUCUUCUCUACUCUCUUGACUACCUCCACACAGAGGCUGGCAUUGUGCAUACCGACAUCCAGGAAAAUAACAUCAUGCUGGGUAUUGAGGACGAGUUAUUGUUAUCUGAGUUCGAGGAAGCAGAGAAAUCAAACCCUAGUCCGCGGAAAGUCGUUGGGGAUAGGGUGAUUUAUGCAUCUCGCGAAUUCAAGAGAGCAAAAGAAGUUGGACAGCCUGUCCUAUGUGAUCUUGGUCAGGCUCGUUAUGGCUCUGCCCGUUACGGUGGUGAUAUUCAACCUUACAGAUACCGAGCUCCAGAAAUCUUGCUGCGCACGACUUGGGAUGAAAAGGUUGAUAUAUGGAAUCUCGCAGUUCUCACGUGGGAUAUCUUCCAACCGACGCUACUAUUCUAUGCCAAAGAUUUGAACAAAGAAGAUUCAAGCGUUCAUCAUAUAGCUGAAGUGAUUGCGCUUCUUGGACUGCCACCCCGGGAGAUAUUACAGAACAACGACUAUGCUAAAGAGUUCUUUGAUCCGGAAGGCAAUUGGAAGGGAGCGGCUCCGAUUCCAUCAAUGACCUUGGAGCAGCGGGAGGAGAUGUUGCAAGGUGAAUCAAAACAACUUUUCCUUGCGUUCAUGCGCAAAAUGCUUCAAUGGCGGCCGGAGGAUAGAAGCUCUGCUAGAGAGCUAUUGGAGGACGAGUGGCUACAUUCGCUAUAG